CGCGGACUACAACUCCCAGCGGCCCCCACGGCCGCGCCUGCGCACUGGCCACGCGGACGGCGCGAUGGCGGCGGCUGCCGCCGAGACCCCCGAAGUCCUUCGGAAAUGCGGUUGCAAGGGCAUCCGGACCUGUCUGAUCUGCGAGCGGCAGCGCGGCGGUGACCCGCCCUGGGAGCUGCCCCCAGCGAAAACAUCCCGUUUCAUUUACUGCUCCGACACCAGCUGGGCCGUGGGCGCAGAGGAGUCUGACUUUGAGGGCUGGGCCUUCCCCUUCCCAGGAGUGAUGCUGAUCGAGGACUUUGUGACCCGGGAGGAAGAAGCCGAGUUGGUGCGGCUCAUGGACCGUGACCCCUGGAAGCUCUCCCAGUCUGGACGGAGGAAGCAGGACUAUGGCCCCAAAGUCAACUUUCGGAAACAGAAGCUAAAGACCGAGAGCUUCUGCGGCCUCCCCAGCUUCAGCCGGGAGGUGGUGCGGAGGAUGGGCCUCUACCCGGGGCUGGAGGGCUUCCGGCCCGUCGAGCAGUGCAACCUGGACUACUGCCCCGAGCGGGGCUCUGCCAUCGACCCCCACCUGGACGACGCCUGGCUGUGGGGGGAGCGGCUGGUCAGCCUCAACCUCCUGUCCCCCACCGUGCUGUCCAUGUGUCGGGAGGCGCCCGGGAGCCUGCUCCUCUGCUCGGCCCCGUCGGCUGCCCCGGAGGCCUUGGUGGACAGCGUGAUAGCACCCAGCCGGUCGGUGCUAUGCCAGGAGGUGGAGGUGGCCAUCCCCUUACCCGCCCGCUCCCUGCUGGUCCUCACCGGGGCGGCACGGCACCAGUGGAAGCAUGCCAUCCACCGCAGACACAUCGAGGCCCGCCGCGUCUGCGUCACUUUCCGGGAGCUGUCGGCUGAGUUUGGCCCUGGAGGGAGGCAGCAAGAGCUGGGCCAGGAACUGCUGCGGAUCGCCCUCUCCUUCCAGGGAAGACCCGUGUGAACCGCCUCCUUGGCUCCAGACUUGACUGAUCCCGGGAUUGAAAUGAGGAGCACAGAACAGGGCCUCCUGCAACUCACGGGGUUUCAAGAGAAGAUGGCUGACCCCUGAUGCUGUGAGCAGUGUGAGCCCUGCCCAGGAGCAGGUUUUGAUGGGAACGUACCUCCAGGCAGCCCCCUUCCACCUGGACUGUGGGCACACUUUUUUGGUUAUUUAGUUUGUCACAGUCUUGGGGACAUGGGAUCAUUUGAGCUUAAAAAAUACUGGGGGCCGGGCACAGUGGCUCACGCCUGUAAUCCUAACACUUUGGGAGGCUGAGGUGGGCGGAUCACUUGAUGCCAGGAGUUCGAGACCAGCCUGGCCAACACGGUGAAAACCCGUCUCUACAAAAACUACAAAAAUUAGCCGGGUGUGGUGACUCGCACCUGUAAUCCCAGCUACUCGGGAGGCUAAGGUGGGAGAAUUGCUUGAACCUGGGAGGCAGAGGUUGCAGUGAGCCAAGAUCACGCCACUGCACUCCAGCCUCGGUGACAGAGCAAGACUGUUUUGAAAAAAAAAAAAAAAAAUGGGAACAUUUUAAAUGA